AACAUGAUUAAACAUGAAACUCAUCUUGUUGAAUUCCAUUGAUUAGGGGAACAAUCGGAAAGCGACCAGUAAAGCAGCAAUGGUGCACAGCGCCUACGAUUGCUUCGAGCUCCUGGGCGGUUGCCCUACCAAAAUCGACGCCAUCGAAUCCUAUGGUUCCAAGCUUCUCCUCGGAUGUUCCGAUGGUUCUCUGCGAAUCUACGCUCCAGAUUCCUCUGGCACCGAGCGAUCCCCUCCAUCCGAUCAGCAUGUGCUGCGAAAGGAGCAGUACGCGCUGGAGAGAACCGUGGUUGGAUUCUCAAAGAAACCUAUAAUCUCGAUGGAGGUUUUGGAAUCGAGAGAGCUGCUCCUGUCGCUUUCGGAAUCGAUCGCAUUUCAUAGGCUGCCUCACUUGGAAACAAUUGCUGUGAUCACCAAAGCGAAAGGCGCUAAUGUGUAUUCGUGGGACGAUCGGAGAGGGUUCCUCUGCUUUGCCAGGCAAAAGAGAGUCUGUAUUUUCAGGCACGAUGGAGGACGAGGAUUUGUGGAGGUGAAAGAUUUUGGGGUUCCAGACACAGUGAAGUCCAUGUCAUGGUGUGGUGAGAACAUUUGUCUAGCUAUCAGAAAAGAGUAUGUGAUAUUAAAUGCUACAAAUGGUGCGUUGUCAGAGGUAUUUCCUUCGGGGAAGAUAGCGCCGCCUUUAGUUGUCUCGCUUCCCUCUGGGGAACUACUUCUUGGGAAGGAGAACAUUGGAGUCUUUGUGGACCAAAAUGGAAAGCUUCUUCAAGCUGACAGGAUAUGUUGGUCAGAAGCUCCCACAGUUGUUUUAAUCCAGAAGCCAUAUGCAAUAGCUCUGUUACCAAGACGUGUUGAGAUUCGAUCUCUUCGAGUACCAUAUCCAUUAAUACAGACAGUUGUCCUUCAAAAUAUCCGUCGUCUUAUAAAAAGCAACAAUGCUGUUAUUGUAGCAUUAGACUAUUCUAUAUAUGGGCUCUUCCCUGUUCCUGUUGGUGCACAGAUUGUACAAUUAACAGCAUCAGGCAAUUUUGAGGAAGCUUUGGCAUUGUGUAAGUUGCUUCCACCAGAAGAUUCAAGCCUUCGAGCUGCAAAGGAGGGGUCAAUUCAUAUAAGAUAUGCUCAUCAUCUUUUUGAUAAUGGGAGCUAUGAGGAAGCAAUGGAACAUUUUUUGGCUUCUCAAGUAGAUAUUACCUAUGUGCUCUCUUUAUAUCCAUCAAUUAUUCUUCCUAAAACAACUGUGAUUCCAGAACCAGAUGGGAUAAUGGAUAUGCCUUUGGAUGCUCCACAUCUAUCAAGAGGUUCAUCUGGUCUGUCAGAUGAUAUAGAAUCCUCACUUCCACCUCAGAUAUCAGAAUCAGAUGAGAAUACUGCACUUGAGUUCAAGAAAAUGAGCCAUAAUACUCUCAUGGCUAUUAUUAAGUUCUUGCAGAAGAAGAGAUACAGUAUUGUUGAAAAAGCUGCUGCCGAGGGAACAGAAGAGGUUGUUUUAGAUGCUGUUCGAGAUAGCUUUACAUCAACUAGGUCUAAGAAAUCCAGCAAGGGUCGUGCUGCUGUUCCUAUUAACUCAGCUGCUAGGGAGAUGGCAGCAAUACUGGAUACGGCCCUCCUUCAAGCUCUGCUUCUUACCGGACAAUCUUCAGCAGCUUUAGAUUUACUGAAAGGUCUUAACUAUUGUGAUGUAAAGAUAUGUGAGGAGAUUCUUCAGAAAGGCAAUCACUAUGCUGCUUUACUAGAACUUUACAAAAGUAACUCAAUGCACCGUGAAGCUUUAAAACUUUUGCAUCAAUUAGUAGAGGAGUCAAAAUCAAACCAUUUACAAGGAGAGCUCUCCCACACGUUCACUCCUGAGGCAAUUAUUGAAUAUCUCAAGCCUCUCUGCGCAACUGAUCCCAUGCUUGUUCUAGAGUUCUCAAUGCUUGUACUUGAAAGUUGUCCAACACAAACAAUUGAGCUCUUUUUGGCUGGAAAUAUUCCAGCAGACUUGGUCAACUCUUAUUUGAAGCAGCAUGCUCCAAGCAUGCAGGGAAAGUACUUGGAACUAAUGCUUGCAAUGAAUGAAAAUGGAAUCUCCGGAAACUUGCAAAAUGAAAUGGUACAAAUCUAUCUCUCUGAAAUACUUGACUGGUAUGCAGAACUAAAUACUGAUCAGAAAUGGGAUGAAAAAGAUUAUUCCCCAACAAGGAAGAAACUAUUAUCUGCUUUAGAGAGCAUCUCAGGAUACAAUCCAGAGGCUUUAUUGAAACGUCUUCCAACAGAUGCCUUAUUUGAAGAGCGUGCAAUUUUGUUGGGAAAAAUGAACCAGCAUGAGCUUGCAUUGUCACUGUAUGUUCAAAAGCUGAAUUUACCUGAACUGGCACUGGCCUAUUGUGAUCGUAUAUACGAGUCUGGGCUUCAUCAACCAUCCACAAAAUCUUCUGUAAAUAUAUAUCUCACUCUUCUGCAAAUCUAUCUGAAUCCUCGAAAGACAACUAGGAACCUUGAAACACGAAUUACAAAUCUGGUAUCCUCUCAAAAUACAAAUAUUCCAAGAGUUGCUUCAGGGACUACAUUUAAAACAAGAGUAGGGCGUGCCGUUAAGAAAAUUGCCUCCAUUGAGGGUGCUGAGGAUAUGCGAGUCAGUCCCAGUAGCACUGAUAGUGGAAGGAGUGAUGUUGAUUUGGAAGAAUCUAAUGAGGAAGGUGGUUCUACUAUUAUGCUUGAUCAGGUUUUUGAUCUGUUAAGUCAUAGGUGGGAUAGGAUUAAUGGAGCUCAGGCACUUAAACUCUUGCCAAGGGAAACUAAGCUACAGAACUUGCUUCCAUUUCUUGGACCCCUUCUUAAAAAAUCUAGUGAAGCUUACCGAAACUUCUCAGUGAUCAAGAGUUUGAGGGAGAGUGAGAACCUGCAGGUUAAAGAUGAACUCUACAACCAAAGGAAAACAGUGGUGAAGAUUGCCAGUGAUAGCAUGUGUUCUCUUUGCAACAAGAAAAUAGGGACAAGUGUAUUUGCUGUCUACCCAAACGGGAAAACUCUAGUGCACUUUGUUUGCUUUAGAGAUUCACAAAGCAUGAAAGCUGUGUCUAAAGGUUCAGUGCCAAGGAAGCGAUGAUGUUUGGUAUAUUCUAUUUUACUGCAUUUCCCUUCUACAAAUCAAUCUCCACCAUUCGACAUUGCCACCUAGAUGCCGAAAGGAAAGCUGCAGAUGGAAGGAUGGGUGUGUAUUUAUUUUAUUUGAUCGGUGUUCAUCUUGUGCUGCUGUUUUGUAGAUUUGUGUGAAUUUGAGAUCUGAGGUUCUUCAAGCAUUGUUGUAAAAUUGAAUCUUCGAUUUCAUUUUACAUUAACUACUAAAGGCGAGGACUUGUC